UGUUUACACACUGACAUAAAAUGAAUUUCCAGGAUUUUUUUUUAUCUGAUCACACCGGCAGGGGAAUACAGGUCAACUGACCUAAGACACUGGUGUAGCCUACGCUCGUUCUGCGGACAAUUCUGAAAACUUGACCGAUAAAUCGGAUAUUCUAAGUAAAUGCAGAGUUGUAUUAAUAAGGAAAUGCAGUUCGUAUGUAGAAGCUGUGUGGUCAAACACUCAACCGCCUUGCGAGAUCUCGCCGGAGAUUUAAAAAGUACAGAAAAUUGUGUGAAUUACAAGAAGUCAACCAGCCUCUACUGUAGUUACACUAGAUACAAGUUUUCCUGAAAAGGACAUUUUUCUCUGUAAAACUAGAUGAUAAAACCGUUGGACCAGUUGACUCGGUGCUAUUGGACCAGUUGCCUUUGGUCAGUCAGCCGUUGUGUCGGUUAGCCGUUGGGUCAGUUGAAUUGAUACCGAUAUGGUAUUGAGUUGGAUUCACCAAGUUUACGUACAAAACUUUGCUAUGCUGGUAAACUAAUAGCAGUGCCUGAUUUUGACAUAGUCAGAGUGUUCUGUCUAAGCCUUUCACACUAAAUCCGCGUUAAAAUGAUGUGAUUUGUAAUUCAGCGAGCUAAAUGAUCUCCUUUCUUUUUAACAUUCUGACAUUUACCUUGUCAGUCGACGUCUCUCGACCAAAGAAAUGUGAGAAAUAUAAAAUAAUUAGAUAGUACAUUUAAUGUUGGUGAAUUAAUGCAAUUUGUUGUAUCGACUCAUCUGAAGAUUUAUAGCUUUGAACCUCUGGGUUUCUGGCAAGGGUUGUGCUGAUAAUUGGCUCAAAGCAGGUAUGACAUCACUUCAAAACUGUGACAAGGACAAAUCUGAGAAUUUGAUAGUUGAAGUUGCUAUCACGUGGUAAAGUGACGUCAAUUCAAUGAAGAACCAGCUAUUCACAAAGGAGCAUCUGAGAGUACAAACCUUGUCUUUACAACUGCCGGAAUUGAAAUCUGGAGUGAAUUCAGAGGUGGGAAGACAGCGAAAAUUGAACCAAGUUUGUCAGCAUGCCACCUAACCUUCUCAAGGAGAUCUUCACAAAACAUACCACGAUGGACAAGUCUGGGACCAAAGAUUUAAAGAUCGUGAAGGAAGUAGUGAGGAAAGAAAAUUCUCAUGACCAGGCAAAAAGCGUUGGCUCGGCAUUCCUUUACGGAGCAUGCUCAGUCAGCACGGCUUUCAUCAACAAGCUGCUGAUGACCACAUAUAACUUUGACUACCCUGUGGUUAUCAUGGUACUGCAGAUGUUGUACACCAUCCUGCUUCUGCAACUCCUCUCCAUUGUAGGACUUAUCAGUUUACCAAAGCUUACUUUUCAGCGUACGAAAGUAUUUGCUUUGCCGGCAGUGUGUUAUGCUGUAAACUCUAUUCUUGCCCUAAGUGCACUUAGUCACAUGAACGUGGCCAUGUAUGGUGUAUUGAAAAGAUGUGUACCUAUAGCCACUUUGGCUCUAUCUGUGUUAGUCCUGAAGAAGUUAUGCCCAAGCCGAAUCACUAUAAUAGCCGUUCUGCUGCUGUCAUUUGGAUGUGUUGUUGCAGGUUAUGGUGACCUGAAGUUCAACCUGACAGCCUACACCUGUGGAAUCCUCAGUAACAUUACCCAGGCCCUGUACCUUCUGCUGGUGCAGUUGUGUUGCGAGCAGAAGAUGUCCACCAUUGAAACUCUACAGCUCAACUCUGUUAAUACUUUACCUCCACUGAUCGCCAUCGCUUUAGUGAAGCAGGAGUUCACUGGUGUCCUAGAAUACCCAAGUGCAUUUAAUCCCCUUUUUCUCCUGGUUCUCUUCAUGGUGUUGAAUAUGGGCUGCCUCCUGAACUACUCCCUGUUCCUGUGCACAAGCUGUAACUGUGCCCUUACUACGAGCGUUGUUGGUGGGAUCAAGGCCCUGGCACAGACACUCCUGGGAUUGUUCACCUUUGGUGGUGUCAGCAUCAACAUUCCAACUUUCCUGGGUAUUGGUAUGAACAUGUCUGGCGGAUUACUCUAUAUUUACGCAAAGUUUAUGGAGGGUAAAAGCAAAAGUAUUGGUGAUAUGAGAAAAAUCACUAGUCUCUCUACAGCUGAGCAGUUUAAUGAAUACAAAAUGCAAAACUCACAAGAAAAUGGUAAAAUACAUUCUACAAAGCUGCCACCAGUAUAACCACUGUAUAUUUUAUAGACAAUACAAUUAUGGAGUUAUUAUAUGCUGUUAAUGUGGGAUAUUUUUGGAGAAAACAUAUGGAAGUCCAUUUGUUAAAUAAAUCACAAAGAAUGAAUGAUUAUCGCUUAAUGGAAUUUUGAAAUCACAAAGAAGGUACAGGGAUUAAAAUGUUACUUAAAUGUUCAAGUUGUUCAUUGUAAUGUAUAUUAUCAUGUAAGUUAUUAAUUGUUUCAAGUGCAGGUUAACUGAGCAAUAUGUGUUUCACCUGUAUUGUUUUGAAGUUGGCUGAAAAAAACAGUUAUGUGUGUUUUAUGGUUUCUAUUUUAUUUUAAUGCUUCUGUUAAUAUACAGUACCAUAAAAAUGUUGUUUAGACUUCAGAUAUUCUCAUGUAUUAUUUGUAUACUUGUGACUUGUAGCCCUUACAAUUGUUUGGCAGUGUGUCAGCCCUCAAUAAUGGGGUCUCGUUGUCAAGACCCCAUUUCAAGAUGUAUCCUGAAAUUGUUUUCCAUUUUAAGAACCCAUGCUUGAAAAUAUCUUUUACUGGUUUCCUCAUUUUAAGUCCUUGUAAUGCUCUCUUUGGAACAUACUUCUUGUCUAUCGUGUGGUUAUUCUUAAUAAUAAAGCAAGGCCUACGCAAGAAUGUCUGGAUAUAGCCCCUUUAUGCAUACACAUACGUGCCUGUACUUCAAAGCUAUCAUACCGGUAUAAACAGUAGUUUGGUAGUCCUUACCACAACAAGUGGUAGUAACUAAUAUUCAUAUACAUAUAUGCAAAGAGUGAUUCCGCCCUACCUGGCCAAGUAGCCUAACUCUUCAAUGUUCGAGACCAUUGGCCCUUAUCACUGUGACUGUGUUCAAAUUCAAUCAGUGCUGACCACAUUGCAGCUUUUACACUUAAGUCUAUGUAAUGUAUGUGAAAUGUUCUUGAGUAUGAGAUCCAACAAUGUUGAUACCAUAGAAUUCACCUAUUAGGAGAAUGAAAGAAACAGGUAUAAAGUCUACAUGUAUAUCCUUUUCUUCAAAUCAGAUAUGUGUAUUUUUAUUCCAUUUAGAUACAUACAUGUUCAUAUCAUCAGUUGAAAUAGGUCUGCUUUGAGGAGUAUUUACAUUCCGUAUCCAUUUUCUGAUGUUCUUAUCAGUGAUCUUAUCCAGCAAAUUGUGAUAACUAAAAGCCUUACAAAGGAAUUUUAUUUUCUGUGAAAAAUUUGCCGUUUUCUAAAAAUGUUAUUAGUGAUGAAACCAAAAUAUGUAAAGCUUGUAUCUGAUUGAAGAACAUUCCUGUGAUAUGAUAUUUUCUAUUAACAUUUUAUCCCCUGUUAUGAUUGCAUAAAUUAACAUGUACCAUUGAGAAUGAAAAAUAAGACAUAUCAUUCCCUUUUUUCUUUUUUUGGGAGGCAUUUAUAUAUAAAAUGAAACAUAUUUAACAGGUCCAGUUGUUCCUUUCUUCAAGUUGUCUGGGAAGCAAAAUGUUUAAAAAUGUUCACUGAAUUAGGUUAUUUUGAAUGUCAUAAAGAAAAUCAUAAAAAUGUUGGUUUGAAUAUUAGUUUUCAUGGUUGGGCAAACAUUGUAAUUAUCAUUUUUGGCAGUAUCUAUACAUGUAUAAUGCGGGGAUUUUAUCAAUAGCUAAUAUUUUACUAAAAAAAAUCUAUUUGUGUUUUAUAGACUUUGUUAAGACAAUCACACAAACUGUGAAAAAUGAAUAAAUAUGUGGA